AUGGAUGACCUAUCGGGCCUUGACUGGAGCCAGAGCUCGAGCUCCCAGAAGCCCGCGCCGGUAAACACUCUCUCAAGCAUGUCUGCCGCGACUCUACGUCCUACACCCCCCAUUUCCGGCCGCUCAAGCCCGUUUCCUCCACAACCCACCACGGCUUCGAAUAGAGCUCCAUCGUCGAAGCCAACGACACCUUCAAAUAAUGAUAGCUUUGCAAAUCUGCUGAACUUUCCGUCUGGAAACGCUACCAAGAACCUCUCCCUCGCCGAAAGACAGAAGCAGCUGUCGGAACAAAAGGCACGUGAGGAGAGGGAGAAGCAGGAGAAGCUCAAGGCUCAGUAUGGCGGAGUCAAUGAUCAGAUAUGGGACAGUUUGGAGAAGUCCGGGACGGGCCAAAGUGCUCCCCAAGCUCAGGCCGGUGUGGUGAAGGGCGGGACAACGUCUGGAGGGGAUGAUGAAGAUGAUCUGCUAGCUGCCUUCAACGCUUCUGCGCCUGUUGACAAGUCUACCAACUUUCCUAUCCCGAGCCCCUCUCCUCUGUCUCGGACAGAUUCCCGUUCCCCCGCCGGAGUUCCUACUACUACUGUCCUGGAGGACGACGACGAUCCAUUCGGCAUGGCGGAGUUUAGUGCAAGCCGGCGCCAGAAGACAGAGGUUCAAGCUACGAAGGCACAGGCGCUAAAUGGUGCUGACGAUGAUGACGACGUACUGGGCCUUCUUGCAAAGCCAGUAUCUGAGUUUCCGAAACGUGAGACGACCAGCCCGGCACUUGAGGUCCCCGAAGAGCCUGAAGCGGAGCCCUCACGACAUACCCCGGAAGAUAGAGCCAUUGCAGAAUUAGUAGAUAUGGGAUUCCCCAUUCACAAGGCGCGAGAGGCCCUUGCCGAGACUUCGUCCGGCACAGAUGUCCAGCAAGCCGUCGGCUGGCUGCUCAAUCAGGCUCACAGCGAAGCAAAGGAAAAGGCACAAAGUAGAAACCAUACUGGCCAGCAGGAAAGAUCACCGGAUCCCCGAAUGUCUCGACGGUCAAGGAGAGAAGGCGAUGGCUAUGCUUCCUCUCGCGAUCGAUCUUCGAACAAUGGCACCCCCAGGGAAAAGGAUCCCGCUCAGCUGGCAUCCGAAUUUGGAAGCACUCUCUUCAAAUCAGCCAAUUCACUUUGGAAAACGGGUACGAAGCGGGUUCAACAGGCCGUUCAAGAAUUCAAUAACGGCUCCUCAGACAAUUCGUCCCAGCCUCGCUGGAUGAGAGAGAGCACGCCGGAUCCUCCGAGAAGCAGGGAGCGGAAGGUGGAUACCCGACGUGAAUCCCCCCAAGGAUCAGCACAGACAGAAACAAUGACGAAUGAAGCUAUGAUGCUGGAAACAUCCAGAGAACCACCAACUGCGUCUUCACGUUCCCGAGGCGGAGAGCCCCAAGGUUCGCCCCACCAGGCUAGCUCGCGAGGCAGACCGGCGGAACUUCCUUCAAGGCCACGUUUUCAGCAGGAGGACGAUCCGCGGAAGCAGAUCCAGCGCCCGUCUCAUCAUCCUCAACCGGACACCAGAAAACAGCGAACACUGCUAUCACGUUUUGAUGCGGACGAGGAGGCGUCUCAGGCGUACGUCAGCCCAGCAAGGAGGAGGAAAGCUGCCUCUUCGGUUCCUCCUGGUUUUGACGCACCGGAACCAGACUUGCUGCAAAGCCCGUCUCUGCCAGCCCGGCCAGCUCGCCCGGCAACAACAUCUCCGGCAAGGCAAUCUCGCACCUCCACCCCAGUCCGACCAAAAGCACCUCCAAGGACAGUCCCACAGAUUUCCCCUGCAUCACUAGCAUCUAUACACAGCCACCGACAGAAAGGAACAGAGGCUUAUAAGCGAGGUGACUAUGCUGUAGCGCACGCUUCAUACUCCAGUUCCAUCUCACUAAUACCCAACGACCACCCCAUCGUUAUCAUCUUGCUCACCAACCGUGCCUUGACCGGUCUAAAGACAGGUGAACCUAAGAGUGCAAUUAGUGACGCGGAUCGUGCUCUCUCUAUCAUUGGUCCCUCGAAGGGUGACUCUGAGACCAUCGAUCUCGGCAAUGGAGAGCCACCCAAGGAUAUGCGAGAGUUCUUCGGUAAGGCCCUGAUGAGGAAGGCCGAGGCAUUAGAACAACUUGAAAAAUGGAAAGAUGCGUCGGCCGUCUGGAGAGAAGCUAUUGAAUCUGGCCAUGGCGGUAAUACCAGCAUACAAGGCCGAAACAGGUGCGAAAAGGCGGUCUCUAUAGGACCAAACGGCGCCUCGUCGACGCCAUCUAAGCCUAUUUCGGCACCUUCCCGCCCCAAACAAGCCCCUAGACCUGCCGCUCCCAAGUCGGUCUCGACAAAGCCGGCUGAGGCAGUCAGUCGCCUCCGAGCAGCAAAUGAGGCAGCUGACCGGAUAGAUAACGAGAAGUUUGACCUCGCUGAUGCCGUUGAAGCGAAACUCGCGGCUUGGAAAGGAGGGAAGCAAGACAACUUACGUGCCCUCCUAGCCAGCUUAGACACUGUAUUAUGGCCCGAAGCGGGAUGGAAAAAGAUCAGUAUGGCCGAACUGAUUCUUCCUAAUAAAGUGAAGAUUCAGUACAUGAAGGGUAUUGCCAAGGUGCAUCCUGACAAGAAGAUGAUUUCCGGCGCGGUAUUCAGCACCCUCAACGAGGCGUGGGACAAGUUUAAACGCGAGAACAACUUAUGA